AUGCUGCUCAUUCUUUUCAUUCUGUUGCCAGUAGUUUUAAAAUUUAGUUUUGUUAGUCUCUCAGCACCGCAGCACUGGAGAUGUCCUGAAGGUACUCUCGCAGGAAAUGGGAAUUCUACUUGUGUGGGUCCUGCACCCUUCUUAAUUUUCUCCCACGGAAAUAGUAUCUUUAGGAUUGACACAGAAGGAACCAAUUAUGAGCAAUUGGUGGUGGAUGCUGGUGUCUCAGUGAUCAUGGAUUUUCAUUAUAAUGAGAAAAUAAUCUAUUGGGUGGAUUUAGAAAGACAACUUUUGCAAAGAGUUUUUCUGAAUGGGUCAAGGCAAGAGAGAGUAUGUAAUAUAGAGAAAAAUGUUUCUGGAAUGGCAAUAAAUUGGAUAAAUGAAGAAGUUAUUUGGUCAAAUCAACAGGAAGGAAUCAUUACAGUAACAGAUAUGAAAGGAAAUAAUUCCCACGUUCUUUUAAGUGCUUUAAAAUAUCCUGCAAAUAUAGCAGUUGAUCCAGUAGAAAGGUUUAUAUUUUGGUCUUCAGAGGUGGCUGGCAGCCUUUAUAGAGCAGAUCUCGAUGGUGUGGAAGUGAAGGCUCUGUUGGAGACAUCAGAGAAAAUAACAGCUGUGUCAUUGGAUGUGCUUGAUAAGCGGCUGUUUUGGAUUCAGUACAACAGAGAAGGAAGCAAUUCUCUUAUUUGCUCCUGUGAUUAUGAUGGAGGUUCUGUCCACAUUAGUAAACAUCCAACACAGCACAAUGUGUUUGCAAUGUCCGUUUUUGGUGACCAUAUCUUCUAUUUAACAUGGAAAAUGAAGACAAUUUGGAUAGCCAACAAACACACUGGAAAGGAUAUGGUUAGAAUUAACCUCCAUUCAUCAUUUGUACCACCUGGUGAACUGAAAGUAGUGCAUCCACUCGCACAACCCAAGGCAGAAGAUGAUGCCCAGGAGCCUGAGCAGAAACUUCGCAAAUUGAGGAAAGGAAACUGCAGCAGCACUGUGUGUGGGCAAGACCGCCAGUCACACUUGUGCACGUGUGCAGAGGGAUACGCCCUAAGUCGAGACCGGAAGUACUGUGAAGAUGUUAAUGAAUGUGCUUUUUGGAAUCAUGGCUGUACUCUUGGGUGUAAAAACACCCCUGGAUCCUAUUACUGCACAUGCCCUGUAGGAUUUGUUCUGCUUCCUGAUGGGAAACGAUGUCAUCAACUUGUUUCCUGUCCAAGCAAUGUGUCUGAAUGCAGCCAUGACUGUGUUCUGACAUCAGAAGGUCCCUUAUGUUUCUGUCCUGAAGGCUCGGUGCUUGAGAGAGAUGGGAAAACAUGUAGCGGUUGUUCCUCACCUGAUAAUGGUGGAUGUAGCCAGCUCUGCAUUCCUCUCAGCCCAGUAUCCUGGGAAUGUGAUUGCUUUCCUGGGUAUGACCUACAACUGGAUAAAAAAAGCUGUGCAGCUUCAGGACCACAACCAUUUUUGCUGUUUGCCAAUUCUCAAGAUAUUCGACACAUGCAUUUUGAUGGAACAGACUAUGGAACUCUGCUCAGCCAGCAGAUGGGAAUGGUUUAUGCCCUAGAUCAUGACCCUGUGGAAAAUAAGAUAUACUUUGCCCAUACAGCCCUGAAGUGGAUAGAGAGAGCUAAUAUGGAUGGUUCCCAGCGAGAAAGGCUUAUUGAGGAAGGAGUAGAUGUGCCAGAAGGUCUUGCUGUGGACUGGAUUGGCCGUAGAGUCUAUUGGACAGACAGAGGGAAAUCUCUGAUUGGAAGGAGUGAUUUAAAUGGAAAACGUUCCAAAAUAAUCACUAAGGAGAACAUCUCUCAACCACGAGGAAUUGCUGUUCAUCCAAUGGCCAAGAGAUUAUUCUGGACUGAUACAGGGAUUAAUCCACGAAUUGAAAGUUCUUCCCUCCAAGGCCUUGGCCGACUGGUUAUAGCCAGCUCUGAUCUAAUCUGGCCCAGUGGAAUAACGAUUGACUUCUUAACUGACAAGUUGUAUUGGUGCGAUGCCAAGCAGUCUGUGAUUGAAAUGGCCAAUCUGGAUGGUUCAAAACGCCAAAGACUUACCCAGAAUGAUGUAGGUCACCCAUUUGCUGUAGCCGUGUUUGAGGAUUAUGUGUGGUUCUCAGAUUGGGCUAUGCCGUCAGUAAUGAGAGUAAACAAGAGGACUGGCAAAGAUAGAGUACGUCUCCAAGGCAGCAUGCUGAAGCCCUCAUCACUGGUUGUGGUUCAUCCAUUGGCAAAACCAGGAGCAGAUCCCUGCUUAUAUCAAAACGGAGGCUGUGAACAUAUUUGCAAAGAGAGGCUUGGAACUGCUUGGUGUUCGUGUCGUGAAGGUUUUAUGAAAGCCUCAGAUGGGAAAACGUGUCUGGCUCUGGAUGGUCAUCAGCUGUUGGCAGGUGGUGAAGUUGAUCUAAAGAACCAAGUAACACCAUUGGACAUCUUGUCCAAGACUAGAGUGUCAGAAGAUAACAUUACAGAAUCUCAACAAAUGCUAGUGGCUGAAAUCAUGGUGUCAGAUCAAGAUGACUGUGCUCCUGUGGGAUGCAGCACGUAUGCUCGGUGUAUUUCAGAGGGAGAGGAUGCCACAUGUCAGUGUUUGAAAGGAUUUGCUGGGGAUGGAAAACUAUGUUCUGAUAUAGAUGAAUGUGAGAUGGGUGUCCCAGUGUGCCCCCCUGCCUCCUCCAAGUGCAUCAACACCGAAGGUGGCUAUGUCUGCCGGUGCUCAGAAGGCUACCGAGGAGAUGGGAUUCACUGUCUUGAUAUUGAUGAGUGCCAGCUGGGGGUGCACAGCUGUGGAGAGAAUGCCAGCUGCACAAAUACAGAGGGAGGCUAUACCUGCAUGUGUGCUGGACGCCUGUCUGAACCAGGACUGAUUUGCCCUGACUCUACUCCACCCCCUCACCUCAGGGAAGAUGACCACCACUAUUCCAUAAGAAAUAGUGACUCUGGAUGUCCCCUGUCCCACGAUGGGUACUGUCUCCAUGAUGGUGUGUGCAUGUAUAUUGAAGCACUGGACAAGUAUGCAUGCAACUGUGUUGUUGGCUACAUCGGGGAGCGAUGUCAGUACCAAGACCUGAAGUGGUGGGAACUGCGCCACGCUGGCCACGGGCAGCAGCGGAAGGUCACCGUGGUGGCUGUCUGCGUGGUGGUGCUUGUCGUGCUGCUCCUCCUGAGCCUGUGGGGGGCCCACUACUACAGGACUCAGAAGCUGCUAUCGAAAAAUCCAAAGAAUCCUUAUGAGGAGUCGAGCAGAGACGUGAGGAGUCGCAGGCCUGCUGACACUGAGGAUGGGAUGUCCUCUGGCCCUCAACCUUGGUUUGUGGUUGUAAAGGAACACCAAGACCUCAGGAAUGGGAGUCAACCAGUGGCUGGUGAGGAUGGACAGGCAGCAGAUGUUGGGUCAGUGCAACCAACUUCAUGGAGGCAGGAGCCCCAGUUAUGUGGAAUGGGCACAGAGCAAGGCUUCUGGAUUCCAGUAUCCAGUGAUAAGGGCUCCUGUCCCCAGGUAAUGGAGCAAAGCUUUCAUAUGCCCUCCUAUGGGACACAGCCCCUUGAAGGGGGUGUUGAGAAGCCCCAUUCUCUCCUAUCAGCUAACCCAUUAUGGCAACAAAGGGCCCUGGACCCACCACACCAAAUGGAGCUGACUCAGUGAAAACUGGAAUUAAAAGGAAAGUCAAGAAGAAUGAACUACGUCGAUGCACAGUAUCUUUUCUUUCAAAAGUAGAGGAAAACUAUAGGUUUUGGUUCCACAGUCUCUACGACUAAUCACCUACUCAAUGCCUGGAGACAGAUAUGUAGUUGUGCUUUUGUUUGCUCUUUUUUAGCAGUCUCACUGCAGUCUUAUUUCCAAGUAAGAAUCACUAGGAAAUAAUUACUGGGAGAAUCACUGGGAGAAUCACUAGGUAACUUAUUAGAAACCCAAAUUGGGACAACAGUGCUUUGUAAAUUGUAUUGUCUUCAGCAGUCAAUACAAAUAGAUUUUUGUUUUUGUUGUUCCUGCAGCCCCAGAAGAAAUUAGGGGUUAAAGCAGACAAUCACACUGGUUUGGUCAGUUACAAAGUAAUUUCUUUGAC